AUGAUUUGCUCAUCGUAUGGCCAAUGUGAUCAUAAGCGUAAUGUACAGGAGGUAUUUAGGUCAUUUGAAUACCUUGACAGUUCUUUUUUGAACUUUCUACAUAUUAGAAUUAUUGUUGUAUAUCGGCCGCCUCCUUCAUCGGCUAACUCAUUGACAUCUACUCUAUUCUUUGAAGAGUUCUCAUCCUUUUUGGAAGGAACUAUUGUAUCACCCGGGCAACUCUUGAUAGCUGGAGAUUUCAAUUUUCAUCUGGACAAUCCUAAUGACCCUCUUACCAAACGGUUCGUGGAUCUUCUCGCUUCCUUUGAUUUGAAGCAGUACAUUUCUGGAUCAACACAUGCAAGUGGUCACACACUGGAUUUAAUUAUAACGCGAUCUGAAGAAAACAUUGUUAACCAUUACAAUAUCUUCGAUCCUCUGAUUUCUGAUCAUUCAGUUGUGCAUUUACAACUAUUGAUUAGGAAACCGAAGUUUGUGAAGAAACAUUUGCUUCUUCGUAAUUUGCGGGCGGUUAAUAUUCAUAAAUUCAAAACGGAUGUACUAAAUUCUUUUCUUCUUAAGAAUUUUACGACUAUGGAUUUGGUAUCAUUGGUGAAUGAGUAUGAUUGUCUUCAUACUAUCUUAGAUAACCAUGCACCGAUUAAAACCCGGGAAAUUACAUUGCGCCCUAAGGCACCCUGGUAUACUAACGAAAUCAAUGAUAAGAAACGAAUUCGGAGACAACUUGAGAGAAAAUGGCAUAAAACAAGGACGAAUGCUGAUUGGAAUCGCUAUAAACAACAAUGUUAUGCUGUAAAUAAACUUAUCGACUCCUCAAAAUCGGCUUACUAUACCGACUUAAUUAAUAAUGGAUCAUCUGAUCAAAAAACCCUUUUCAAGACUGUAAGCAAUUUGCUGCAUACAAAUACGAUUAUUCGCUAUCCAUCUUCUCCUGACCCAAUGUCACUUGCCAACUCAUUUAGUGAUUUCUUCACUCAGAAAAUUGUUAAAAUACGAGGUGAUAUCGAAGAUGAACUCUUGAGUAAAAACAUAGAAAAUCCUAUACCUGAUGUUGAUUCAUGUCCUUAUGAAUUUCACACCUUCAGGGAGGUUGGAAAAGACGAAGUGCUCCAUUUAAUCCAACGUAUCGCAACUAAAUCCUGUUCUCUGGAUCCACUCUCGGUGGUCAUGCUAAAUCACUGUUUUAAAGACAUCUUACCCGUUGUAGUUAGAAUAAUCAACCUCUCCUUGGAAAGUGGUACAAUGCCUGACUCUUUGAAGAUUGCUGUUGUUCAACCGCUAUUAAAAAAGUACAAUCUUUCCUAUGAAGAAUUCUGCAGUUUUCGUCCAAUAUCAAAUCUGAAAUUUGUCUCGAAAUCUAUUGAGAAAGCAGUUGCUGUACAAUUAACUGAUUAUCUUACUGAAAAUCAUCUACAUGAGAAAUUCCAGUCUGCUUAUAAACCUUGUCAUAGUACUGAAACAGCGCUAUUGAGGGUUCAAAAUGAUAUCCUUCAAGCUCUAGAUAACGGUGAUUCUGUUAUUCUUGUCCUACUGGAUCUGUCGGCGGCUUUUGACACCGUGGAUCAUUUAAUGUUAUUAACAAGACUAUCGAAACGCUUUGGCAUAAGGGGUCGUGUGUUGGAUUGGCUUACCUCGUACCUUACAUCCAGGAAACUGUUUAUUCGUGUUGAGGGAACUGAUUCGUUAUUGAGUGAUCUUGAUUGUGGUGUACCUCAGGGAUCUGUGUUGGGUCCUCUGUUGUAUUCACUCUACACUGCCCCUCUCGCGGAUGUGGCUAGGCGCCACAAUCUGCGCUUUCACUUUUUUUCUGAUGAUGGGCAACUUUACAUUGCAUUCAAAACGAAUGAUCGUGAUGAUUUAAUAUCAUCUAAGAUCCGUAUGGAGAAAUGUAUACUUGAAUUGGGAAACUGGUUGAUGUUGAAUAAAUUGAAACUAAAUAGUGGCAAAACGGAGCUUAUAUUAGUCCAUUCACGCUAUCAUCUGAUGCCUCCCUUAAAUUAUAUCAUGGUGGGAAAGGAAAAAAUUGUGCCAACUGUUUCAGCAAGAAAUCUGGUGGUGAUUUUUGAUGAGUGGAUCAGAUUGGGCGAACAUAUUAAUGGUAUCUGCAAGUCAGCUUACUACCAUAUUAGGAAUAUUUCAAGAAUUAAGAAGUAUCUACCUCGAAAUUGCUUAGAAAUAAUUAUUCAUGCAUUUAUAACUUCAAGACUGGAUUAUUGUAACUCCCUGUUGUAUGGUGUACCCAAAUAUUUGCUUCAGAAGCUUGUUGUUAUCGAAUUGCAUUGGUUACCUGUCCAAUACCGUAUUCAAUUCAAGAUUAUACUUCUUGUCUACAAAGCUGUUAAUGAUCUUGCUCCAUCGUAUCUGAAGGAACUUAUGCUGUGUCGUACUUCGCAGCGUACUCUUCGAUCAAAUGGAAAUGAAUUGCUCCAGAUCCCUUAUUCUAGACUAA